AUGUUGGCAAGUCUGAUCGGAGGAAUCUUCGGUACCAAAAAUGAGCGCGAACUCAAACGCAUGCGUAAAAUCGUAGACAAGAUUAAUGCGCUCGAGCCGACGAUAUCCGCUCUUGGCGAUGCAGACUUAUCUGCAAAAACUGAAGAAUUUAAACAACGAUAUAACAAGGGCGAAAGCCUCGAUAAAUUACUCCCAGAAGCAUUUGCCGUCUGCCGUGAAGCAGCUAAGCGUGUAAUGGGCAUGCGUCAUUACGAUGUACAGUUGAUCGGUGGUAUUACCUUACACGAAGGUAAAAUUGCGGAGAUGCGUACAGGUGAAGGUAAAACCCUGAUGGGUACCUUGGCGUGUUAUUUAAACGCGAUUAGUGCUCAAGGUGUUCACGUCAUUACCGUGAAUGACUACUUGGCACAGCGUGAUGCUGAAUUAAACCGUCCGCUAUUUGAAUUCUUGGGUUUAAGCAUCGGGAUUAUCUAUUCCAUGCAAGAUCCAACAGAGAAAGCUGAAGCCUAUCGUGCCGAUAUUACCUACGGUACCAACAACGAAUUUGGCUUUGACUAUCUACGUGACAACAUGGUGUUCUCGCUUGCUGAGAAAAAACAACGUGGUUUGAUCUAUGCCAUCAUCGAUGAAGUCGAUUCGAUCUUAAUUGAUGAAGCGCGUACGCCUUUGAUUAUUUCAGGGCAAAGUGAUGAUUCUUCGCAGUUGUAUGCCGCAAUUAACAGUAUUCCGCCCAAACUGCAUGCGCAGAAAGAAGAAAAAGUGGCGGAUGGUGGUCAUUUCUGGAUUGAUGAAAAACAACGUUCUGUUGAAAUGACAGAAAUUGGUUUUGAAACGGUUGAAAAUGAACUGAUUGAAAUGGGCUUGUUGGCUGAAGGUGAAAGCCUGUAUUCAUCGACCAACCUAAACCUAGUUCAUCAUGUUACUGCUGCCAUUCGUGCGCAUUACUUGUAUCAACGCAAUGUGCAUUACAUCAUCAAUGAUGGUGAAGUGAUCAUUGUCGAUGAAAACACAGGACGUACCAUGCCAGGUCGUCGCUGGUCUGAAGGUUUACACCAAGCAGUUGAAGCAAAAGAAGGCUUAGAAAUCCAGCCUGAAAACCAAACGCUUGCAACCACAACCUUCCAGAACUAUUUCCGUCUAUACAAAAAGCUUUCGGGUAUGACCGGUACUGCCGAUACUGAAGCAGCGGAAAUGAAAGAAAUUUAUGGUCUAGAUGUAGUCAUCAUUCCGACACACCGUCCAAUGGUUCGUCUCGACCAAAACGAUUUAAUCUAUUUAAAUCGUAAUGGUAAAUACAACGCGAUUAUUCAAGAAAUUCAACGCGUACAUGAGUCUGGUGUAGCCCCAAUUUUGAUUGGUACAGCAACCAUUGAAGCUUCUGAGAUUCUCUCGGAUAAAUUGAAAGAAGCAGGCAUUCAGCAUGAAGUGUUGAACGCAAAACAACACGAACGUGAAGCAGAUAUCAUUGCACAAGCGGGUGCACCGCGUGCAGUAACUAUUGCAACCAAUAUGGCAGGUCGUGGUACAGACAUUCUGCUUGGUGGUAACUGGAAAGCUUUACUGGCAAAAAUUGAAAACCCAACCCCUGAAGAUGAAACGCGCUUAAAAGCCGAAUGGGAACAAAGCCAUGAAAUGGUAUUAAGUUCUGGUGGCUUACACAUCAUUGGUUCUGAGCGUCACGAAUCACGUCGUAUUGAUAACCAGCUUCGUGGUCGUGCAGGUCGUCAGGGUGACCCAGGUGUGUCACGUUUCUACUUGUCACUUGAAGAUGACUUAAUGCGUAUCUUUGCGGGUGAUCGUGUUGUGGGCAUGAUGCGUGCGAUGGGCUUACAAGAAGACGAAGCCAUUGAGCAUAAAAUGGUGUCACGUUCGAUUGAAAAUGCGCAGCGUAAAGUUGAAGCACGUAACUUCGAUAUUCGUAAGAACUUAUUGAAAUACGAUGACGUCAACAACGAACAGCGUAAAAUUAUUUACUCGCAACGUGAUGAAGUUUUGGCUGAAAGUACAUUGCAAGAUUACAUCGAAGAGAUGCAACGUGAUGUGAUGAAAGGCGUGAUUUCUAACUAUAUCCCACCUGAGUCAAUUCAUGACCAAUGGGAUAUUGAUGGGCUUGAAAAAGCGUUACGUGAAGACCUUGCGAUUGAUUUGCCAAUCAACCAAUGGUUGGAAGAUGACCGUCGUUUAGAUGAAGAAUCUUUAGUUGAGCGUAUUACUGAUGAAGUUGUACAGCGCUACCGUAGCCGCCGUGAGCAAAUGGGUGAUGAAACAGCAGUUAUGCUUGAGCGUCACUUCAUGUUGAACUCGCUGGAUCGUCACUGGAAAGAUCACUUGGCGGCGAUGGAUUAUUUACGUCAAGGCAUUCACUUACGUGGUUAUGCACAGAAAAAUCCUGAGCAAGAAUACAAAAAAGAAGCGUAUAACUUAUUUGUAAAUAUGUUGGCGAUUAUCAAAUCGGAUGUUGUGACCGAUUUAUCUCGCGUACAUGUACCAACGGCUGAAGAGCUGGCUGAAAUGGAAGCUCAAAAGCAAGCUCAAGCUGAAGCGAUGCAAUUGAACUUGUCGCAUGCAGACUUUGAUGGUUUGUUGGCCGAUGAUCAAAGCCACUUCGCAGAAGUAGAUGCACAGUACGAGCCAGUAGAAGAGUUUGCUGCACCUGCGAGUCGUAACGCGCCUUGCCCAUGUGGUUCAGGCUUAAAAUACAAACAGUGUCACGGUAAAAUCUAA